AUGGCGAACGACGGCAAUGGACUUCUAACCGAAGUAUAUAUUAUUCUUCUUGUUAUUGCAUCUGGGGCAUUGUUGAUCGCAUUAUAUCAUUGUAUCUCGAUGCUUUGGUGGGAUUUACGUCGUCAUCAACGGCGACACGGUCCCAAUGAGAUACAAUUGCAAGGAAAUGAUUUAAGCAUUGAGAAUUCUGUUGCUGGACUCAUCCCGGCCCAUAAACAUAAAAAGAUCAUGGGCUCACAGGAGGAUGAGUCCAUGUGUGCGGUGUGUCUAAGCGAGUUUGAGGAAGGAGAAGAAUUACGCACUUUGCCUGAUUGCAUGCACACUUUUCAUGUCCCUUGCAUCGACAUGUGGUUGUACUCACAUCGUAAUUGUCCCAUUUGUCGAAUGGAUGCAGCCAUUGUAGCUUCACCAAUGAUGGAGAUUAUAUAUAUAGUUGACCCACAACAACAAGAUGUAACAAGAUCACAAAAUUCGGAUGUGACAUAA